AUGCCUCGAGAAAGGCAAAAACGAGGCCGGAGAGCGGAGGCCAAACGAAAGCGCGAUGAUGAAGUAGGAGACCGCACAGCGCCAAAACGACAGAAAGCCUCGGAAGGCGACAAUGACUUUAAUCCUUUGCAUAGCCAAGCAAAAAUUGGAGAUGACUAUAUUCCACUUGAGGAGGAGCCGGCGAGCUCCAUGGACACGCCAUUCUACGGCCUUCUCGACCCGGACGAACAGGAAUACUUCUCCCACGCAAGUGGGCUCCUCGAACUUAACCAGUUUGAGACCGAGGAAGAAAAGAGCAUUUUCAUAGAAAGAGUUUAUGAGGAGGCCGACGGGAAGGAAUUAAAAAUUGCCUGCAGCCAGUCAUGUUCGAGGUUAAUGGAAAAAUUAAUAUCGGCCUCUACUGUUAGUCAGAUAAAAUCCUUGUUUAACAAAUUUGUCGGCCAAUUCCUCAAUCUCGUCCAACAUCGAUUCGCGAGCCACUGUUGCGAGAGCUUGUUCCUUCGAGCUGCACCAUAUGUGACGCUGGAAAUGAAGAAAAAUUCUGCCGAGAAGAACGACAAUGAGUGCGAAGAUUCAAGCGCGAAUUUACGACUCGAGGAUUUAUUCCUGGCUGUACUUUCUGAGCUGGAGGGAAACUGGGGCUAUUUGUUAACCGAAAGGUUCGCAUCGCAUACAAUAAGGGUACUUCUGUUGAUACUAGCUGGCGAGCAACUAGACAACCCGUCUAAAGCAACCGUCAUCGCGAGUCGCAAAAAGGAGAACUUGGAUAAACCCAAAGUGACACAACGCGAUAAGUCGGCGUCAGAUAGGCGAGCUGUUCCGCCCUCAUUCAACGCUGCCUUGGAGAAAAUGAUGAAUGAUUUGGUUACUGGACUUGAUAAUACCUAUCUACGAGCACUGGCGACCCAUCCUGUUGGAAAUCCCGUUCUACAGGUCCUCCUCUCAGUCGAGCUCACCCAUUUGGGGAAAUCAAAAGCUAGGGAUCCAGACUCGGUUUUUCGAAGACUUGUCCCGGAUGAGAACCUGGAAGAGGGCAGUGAGAGUGCGGCAUUCAUAAAGGGCCUCUUUUAUGACCCCGUUGGUUCGCGGUUAUUGGAAACAAUGGUACAAUUAGCUCCGGGAAAGUUUUUCAAGACAUUCUACAAGGCCCUUGUGCUGGAACGCAUUGGAUCGCUAUCAAGGAACGAAAUCGCAGGACAUGUAGUAGCUCGGAUUUUGGAAAGACUGAGCAAAGAAGAUCUGAAGAGCUCCAUGGACUUGAUUUUGCCGGAAGUUCUGUCCUUGGUGAAACGCUCAAGGUUUACCGUUAUUAAAACGUUGAUUGAGCGAGGGGUCAUCCGUGGUGUAGACCUAAGGCCGCUAGCAGAUUCUCUUUUGUUGGCCUUUGGCACAGACCCUAUCGCAAGGAUUAAUAACGUCCUAAAACUCCAUCACCUCAACGAAGAAAACGACGAUACAAAGCGGUCCUCUAAAAACUCGACUCCAGAACAGUUACAUGGUUCUCUUCUUGCCCAGACCAUGCUUAAGGCUCCCGGGCCCCUCAGCGAACUAAUACAAUCAAGUCUUCUCGCAGUUACGCUGGAGACUUUAAUAGCAAUUGCUAAGGACCCAGUUGCAUCCCACGUCCUUCAGGACGCAUUAACGCUCCCAACUUCUACUAUUCAGUUCCGCCGUCAAAUAACCUCGAGAUUUUCAGGAAAGAUGGCUGAACUCGCUCUGGAUUCGAGCGGAUCGCAUGUUGUCGAUGCUGUCUGGUCGGCGACGGAGAAUUUAAUUUUUAUCAAACAGCGAUUCGCCGAAGAGCUCUUGGCAAACGAACGACCCCUUCGUGACUCAUUUGUCGGACGAGCUGUAUGGAAGAAUUGGUCAAUGGAUUUAUACAAAAGGAGGAGAGGCCACUGGAUUGCAGUAGCUAAAGGCCUAGAGAGCGUAAAUCCGAGUAACUCCGAGAACCGACAGCCUCCGAAAUCAAACCUUGAUUUAGCGAGAGCUCGAUUUGCUGAAAAGUCAAACACCAGCACACCGAAAAAGAUAUCUGCAACGUUCUAA